AUGAGCAACACAACCGAGAAACCAUCGACAUACACUCCUCUCAGAGCCAGUGAUCAACAUGGCCAACUCCCUGAGAGAAGUCCGCAAUCCGGUAUCACUGUGCUCAUUGUGGGUGCCGGAGUAGCUGGUUUGAUGGCCGGCUUAGAAUGCUGGCGUAAAGGACAUGAUGUUCGAAUUGUUGAAAAAAGCUCCUCCCGGCUCUUAUCUGGCGACAGCUUCACAAUAGGUACUAGUGCAAUUCGUGCGCUGCAGCUCUGGCCGGAUAUGGCCGAGAAGAAUGAGCAAAUUUCCACAAACCCAUGGUUAUCAUGGCAUAAAAUCACGGGAGAGAGGAUUUCUGGGCCUGCGCCGAUAAAAUUGGACCCUAUCAAGAAGACACCUGGGACCAAUGAUGGUGAGAUUGAGGCCCCGACCAAGCUUUACAGACAUAGUCGCCCCAAAUUCCACAAGAUGCUAUCCGACCAAAUUGAAAGAAUAGGAUUGGUGAUCGAGUAUGGCAAACGAGUCACUGGGUAUUUUGAGAAAAUUGAUGCACAGCAAGCCGGCGUUACACUGGAUGAUGGUUCAAAAAUCGAGGCUGACGUGGUUAUCGCUGCUGAUGGAAUCGGAAGCAAAUCCUCCAAGCUGACUAUGGGUGACAAGGCACAGACCCGUCCGACAGGAUAUUCAAUUUAUCGGGCUGCCUUCCCCGCUGAACUAGCGACAUCAGACCCCCUUGUGCAAGAGCGGUUCAAGGUUUUGGAGGGUGGAACACCCCUUGUCGAGCUUUGGAUGGCUGAAGAUAUGCAUGUCAUGUUCAGUUUGAAUAGGCUUGAAAUGACUUGGUCUCUUACAUAUCCGGAUUUUGGAGAAGGAUCAGAAACAUGGUCAACUUUUGUCGACCCCGAAAUUGUCCUUCGCAAAACAGCGACAGUAGAGGGCUGGCCAGAAGUCGCAGAUAGAGUUAUCAAAUUAACUCCCAAAGACCGACUCCAUGACUUCAGGCUUAUGUGGAGAGACCCUCAGCCUUGCUGGGUGUCACCGGGUGGACUAGUAAUCCAGAUAGGCGAUGCUGCGCAUACAUUCCUUCCCUCGUCGGGAAAUGGCGCUACUCAGGGUAUAGAAGAUGCUGUGUCAGUCGCAACGUGCUUACAAAUUGCAGGCAGGAGUCAUAUAUCUCAAGCAACAAGAGUUCAUAACACUCUUAGGUUCGAGCGUGUCGCUUGUCUACAAAAGCUGGGGGUUAUUAACCAGGAGAUGAGACACCGGUCUGCUGACGCCAAGAUUUCCCAAGCAAAGCCGGUUGGUUUGUUGGGAGCUUGGAUUUGGCGUCAUGAUCCGGAGCGCUAUGCUAUAGAUACCUACUCCAGGGCACUCGACCAUCUGCUGUGUGGAAGUCCAUUCCAAAAUACCAAUAUCCCAUCGGGUCUUGUGUAUAAGCCGUGGACCGUCGAUGAAUUGCUAAAAACAAGGGAAGCCGGAGAGGAAAUUGAUUUGGACGGAGACUGGGAGUAA